ACGAACGUGUGGUUCGAUUUUGGAUUUAUUUCCGACACUGCGCAGUCCCGACGGAUACCAACUGGGACAAAUUGAUUUCGAUACAAAGUUCCCGACCAAAAGCUCCGCAUUAUUCCAAAAAUGGAAUUCUUUCAUCGAAUCGCUCAAGCCUAUUCUCGUUGCCGAUGUGAGCGAUAAAAGCGGCAAAACUAUUCUUAAUCAACUGGAAGGUGAACUAAGUGAAGAUUGCCGGGAUGCGGUGUAUUCAAUGUUGCUGCCAUACAUCUUACCCUGUGCUGUACUGACCCUGUCGGACAAAGGAAAGUGGAAACCCAGUUACAUUGAAAAUCGUAACAGCUUUGUCUACUGGGUACAGAGCAUAAUCGAUCUACAGUCAAAAGUUAAAGCUCACCACACUUCACGUUCUGAGACUAGAGGAAUGCCACAAUGUCCACUGGUGAUCGUUGUUGGACCAGACCUAUCAAAGUUGAACACCUUUAUAGUAUCCUUCGGUGACGCAUUCUACCAGUUUCCUACCUUUCUGAAAGCGCUGGACAUCUGCUAUAAAUUCUACAAAACCUACAGCCUACCAUUUGCUGCGGAAUGUGCCGGAUCAUGGAAUCUCAUCAAUCACGUCAUCUACGAGUUUCCGGUAGAAUCCUCUUGUCGCGCAAAAAUACUUUCGAUCAGUAAUGUGAUCAGUUCGAGAAGUUAAAGAUGUUCAACUGUCCAUCAUCAGACUGUCACUGGGAGGGCAUUUCGAUCGAUAAGUAUUAUUGUCACGUUCAACGAAUGCACGAGCCACUGAAUGGAUACAUGUGUAUCCAAAAAUGUGGCCGCAUUCUAACAUCGAUCACAAGCCUUCGAAAACAUACGUUAUCUUGUAAAGAAAAAAAUAAAACCACACCAGAGCGCCCUGUUACAAAAAUUGAAAAACCUACUACUGAUGUGGAAGAUCAAAGCAGCCCCAGAGAAAAUGAUCAAAAUAAAAUUGAAACCGAGAAUCAAUUCGUCAUCUGUACUGAUACCGCGCAACUACCAGCUAUUAACGCAAACCGAUUAAGUAUGAAUAUGACAUUAAAGUGGCUGAGUGAAAAUGGAUUGGCAAGAAAAGUGGCUUUUGAAAUAAAUAAUGACAUCAAACAGAACAUCGUUGGCCCUCUGAGCUCAGUAAUCAAAGAUCUACAAAUGACUGGAGCCAUGACUAUUGAGUGUAGACAGGCUCUUGACACUAUGCUUGAUAGUUAUGAUUGUACCUCAGAGUACAAAUGUAUACAGCAGCUGAAACGAGAUGGUUUAUACGAAGACCCGACCUUUUUCCAUAUAAGUGAGGAACCUCUGCCAUUAUCCGAUCCGCGCUACAAGGGAGAUGAGCUAAUUCAAGGUGCGCUAAUGCCUGUUAAGUUUAUGCUACGAACGUAUUUAGAAAGAGAUGGUGUAUUCGACAUGAUUAUUAACAGCUUGAAGCUAUCGAGUGAUGGACUGAUCCGCUCGCUUAUUGAUGGUUCGAUUUGGCAGGAGAGAACUGCAAGCAUGUGUUGCAGAACCGUGAUUCCCAUAAAUAUCUAUUUCGACGAUUUCACUACAAGUGACACAUCCUCUUGUCAUUCCAAAGCAACUUCCAUUUGCGCCGUUUAUUUGAAUAUACCAUGUAUGCCAGCUUACCUACAAGGAAAAUUGAACAAUAUUUUAAGCGUAGGAUUCAUUAAAAGCCAGGAUAGGAAAAAAAUGAACAACGAUAAAACACUAUCCAAAUUGAUCGAUUUGUUGGUAGAUUUAGAGGUUGAAGGCAUCACAGUAAGAAUAGGUGACCAGGACCAAAAGGUGUUUUUUGUUCUUGGAUUUGUACUUGGUGACAACUUAGGUGUGAAUGGGAUUCUAGAUUACGUUGAAAGCUUCAGAGCUAACUUUUUCUGCAGAGUGUGCAAAAGAAGAAGAACUCAGACGGAGGUAGACACAAAAGAAUACCCGGAUGUUUUUCGUACGAUAACUAGUUAUGAACAUGAUGUUCAAUUGGCGACAGUCUCAGAAACAGGCAUCAAAUCUCCUAGUUGCUUCAACAAAAUUCCAUCAUACCACGUCACACACAACUUUGUUUUCGAUAUUAUGCACGAUAUCUUUGAAGGGGUAGCAAUUUAUGAUCUUCAACACAUGUUAUACUAUUUUAUUUAUAUCAAACAUUACUUUAACGUCAGUAGCUUCAACGAGAGAAAAAAUGCUUUCAUUUAUGGAAGUCAACACUCUGAUAACAUUAUUCAUGACAUCCAAGAAUAUCAUAUAAAACUAAAAAAAUUGAAGUGCACUGCCAGUGAAAUGAAAACAUUGAUUACGUUCCUUCCUUUACUUGUAGGUCCUUUAAUACCAGAAUUUGAUGAAGUUUGGCAACUAGCAUGUGCUUUAGUAAAAAUCGUACAUAUUACUCUGUUAAGAGAAGUGCCUUAUGCUUUAGUGAAAGAAUUGAGAUCUUUAAUUGAUUAUCAUCAUCACCAAUAUGUGAAAUUGUUCAAAGACACUCUCAAGCCAAAGCACCACAACUUAGUGCACUAUCCCACCGCAAUUUUAAAAGGUGGAGCUCUUAGGUCACAUUGGUCUAUGAGAUUUGAGGCUAAGCAUCGAGAACCUAAAGCAUAUUGUAAAAUUAACAGCAAUCGUAUUAAUAUGUGCUCUUCCAUAGCCAUUAAAGCUAACUUCAAAUUUGCGUAUAAUUGCCUAAACAAUAACUUCGUUUUUCCUAAAUUUACAUACGAUAAAAGUCAGGUAUAUAUAAACCGAUUCAAACCAGAACAUCAUCAGUGUAUUGAUUUCGAUUUGUACAAUAUUAAUCGAGAAUCGGUCAGAUUUUUGAAACAUUUUGUGAAGUGUGAAACUUUGUAUAACAGAGGAUCGGUUUUUAUUACUAUUCGGAAGGAAACAGCUAAUAUUUUCAAAAUAAUAGAAAUUUUCCUUAACAAUGAUAAUAGAAUACUUAUCCUAUGUGACAAAUUUAAAUUUGUUAAAUUUAACGAACAUUUGCAGUCCUACGAGCUAAAUACACAAACAACAACUGUUUUAGUAGACAACAUUGAAACAUGUGAGUCAGAGCGCAUUAAUUUACAUGAUGUUGAUGGAACUAUGUAUAUGCGACUGUGUAACUAUUACAAUACGUGAAUAGACUUUGUUAACUAGUUAUAGUAUGUACAGUAUUGGACAUUACAUUUGCAACUUUUUAGAUUUUACAUAUAAA